AUGUGUAACGCCAGUGGUGUGGCUAUUGGGGUGGUGCUUGGCCAACAUCAUAACAAGAUUCUUCACCCUGUCUAUUAUGCAAGCAAGACACUCAAUGGUGCUCAAAUAAAUUAUACGGUGACUGAGCAAGAACUUCUUGCCAUUGUCUAUGCUUUUGAGAAAUUCCGGGCUUAUUUGUUGGGAUCCAAGGUGAUAGUGUACACCGACCAUGCUGCUCUUCACUAUCUUAUGGCAAAGAAGGAUGCAAAACCUAGGUUGAUUCGGCUUGAAGAGGCAGGGAGACCAAAGGAAGAUCUUGAAAUCAAUGAUGCUUUCCCAGAGGAACACAUAUUGGCAUUGUCGAACACAUUUGCUCCUUGGUAUGUCGACAUCGCUAACUUCUUGGUUAGUGACCUUGUUCCCGAGGGUUUGGAAGCUUAUCAAAAGAAAAAGUUCUUGCGGGAAUGUAGGCAUUACUACUGGGAAGAACCCUUCUUGUUCCAUAAUUAUGCCAACAACAUCAUCCGACGGUGUGUUCUAGAAGAUAAGGUAAUACCAAUUCUCAAGGCAUGCCAUGAUUCGCCGGUUGGGGGUCAUCAUGGAGGAAAUCGGACUGUGGCAAAAGUGCUUGAAUAUGGUUACUAUUGGCUAACAAUCUACCAAGAUGCAAACCAAAUGGUCAAGGCAUGUGACCAAUGUCAAAGACAAGGGUCAAUAUCUAAGAGACAUGAGAUGCCAAUGAACUUUGUACUAGAGGUUGAAAUCUUUGAUGUGUGGGGAAUAGACUUUAUGGGCCCCUUCGUGAGCUCGCAUGGCAUGACCGAAAAAUGGGUUGAAGCAGUAGCCUUACCGAAAAAUGAAGCAAGGAGUGAGACCGCAUUUUUGAAGAAAAACAUAUUCACACGGUUUGGUACUCCAAGGGCCAUCCUGAGUGAUGGUGGGUCUCAUUUCUGUAACAAGGCUUUCGCCGGGUGUCUUGAAAAAUAUGGUGUAAGCACAAGGUGGCCACACCUUAUCAUCCUCAGUAGAAUGGUCAGGUUGGUUUUUGGCAAAGCUUGUCACUUGCUAGUGGAACUUGAACACAAAGCCAUGUGGGCUUUAAAGAAGCUGAAUCUUGACUGGGCUGAGGCUGCUAACCUAAGGAUGACACAGCUCAAUGAGAUGGAAGAAUUCCGUCUCCAUGCCUAUGAGAGUGCAGCCAUGUAUAAAGAGAGGAUGAAGUUUUUCCACGACAAUAAGAUCUUGAAACGGGAGGUUAAUUCGGGUGACUUGGUCUUACUUUUCAACUCAAGACUCAAGUUAUUUCCGGGCAAGCUCAAGUCCAAAUGGUCUGGACCGUUCAGAGUUGUGCGUGUGUCCCCCUAUGGCGCUAUUGAACAUGAGUCAGAAGAUGGGACUCGAACGUUCAAGGUAAAUGGACAAUGA